AUGUUAAGGUGUUGCCCUACAGGAGGAGGCUUCGUUUUCUUUCGACGCCUGGAUUUCGGCGCUGCCAAGGGCGUGGGACCUCCCCCCCUCUGCCGCUCUCUUCCCGCUGCCAAUACGUUGUCCGUGCAAAGAUGCACCCACCUGGUUGCCAUGUGUUUGGACUAUGUCGAGGUUUUGGACUUCUUGCGUUGCGCUGGCAUUGGGGAAGGGCCCUAUGCGCCCCCUCCUGUUGCCACCGUUCCGCACAUGCGCGGUGGACCCGAGGCACUGCGCCCCUACGGGCCGAUCAAAGCAGACCAGGUUGCCCUUCACGGCAAAGGCCACUGGGAGCUGUCAGAUUUCCUGGAGCCUGAGCUCAACAUGCCUUAUCGCGAGCCCGAGGUGCUCCGUUUUCAAGGAACAGGGGGCCCCAUUGCCUCGUUUGUAAAUGAGGACACCUGCGAGCUCCAGGCCCUCUGCCGGAUCUGGGAUAGAUCAGGUCUGCUUGGAAUUACGGCAGGCCCCUUGCCCGACAGGCUGCUUACCCGUGUUUUUGCAGCUUUCAAGGCGCCUGGCAAGCAGAGACAAAUCGGAGACCGAAGAGGUCAGAACUCCUUGGAAUCCCAGCUCACCGGCCCCUCCCGUUUCUUGCCAACCGGCCCUCAGCUCUGCCUCCUUACAGUUCCACGGAACAGGUGCCUGGUGGGCAGCGUGACCGAUAGGCGAGAUUUUUAUACACAGGCGAAGGUGACACCGCAGAGGCAGGAGUCCAAUGCUAUUGGGCCGGCCAUGUCGUUGGCCUGCUUUCGAGGCACCCGAGCAUAUGAUGAAUGGGUCGGCCAGGCCCAUGCUCUGGCCUCUCGCCGCGCCGUCGCUGGCCUUGAUGCUCCCCGGCCCGCGCUUGGAGUGCUCGACGAGCAACUUGUCCACCCCACCUUCGCUGCUUUGCUGCAGGGUGACGCAGGGGGAGUGGAAUUUGCUACGGCAGCUCAUGAGGGCUUGUUGCUGCGGUUUGGGUGCCUUCAGCCUCAUGGUAGGCUGCAGGGGAAACACCAUGUUGAUCGUGAGGGUCCCUGGCAAGGACUUAUCAUAGACGAUUUCUUUUGUUUGGCAACAGAAGCCGCCACUCAUGUGCCAGGGGACCCCUCUGUUUCCUCUGCUUGCGUUGAUCGUGCAAAAGAAGCCUAUCAGGCUUACCAAAUACUAGGGUCGGAUGACAAGGACAUCCUGAGCCAGCGUUGUCUGCGCGUUGCUGGCGCCGAGAUCGAUUCGUCCCCCGAGACCGUUCGAGAAGGUGCAACCCUAGUUGCGUACCCCGCUGACAAGCGGCUCAGCCUGGCAGCCGCCUCAGUCCGAGCAGCAACCCUCCCGGCUUUGAGCGAGGAGCUGGUGUCAAUCCUUUCAGGCUCGUGGGUCUCUUGUCUCCUUUACCGUCGUUGCCUGAUGUCUGUGCUUGACGGCUUGUUUGGUUUGGGAAAGAAAGCCCCGGCCGAAGUGCCGAAUGGGUCGGCCCUCAGGCCGCUAAGCCGCAAGGUCGCCGGUGAACUGCAGAUCCUCGCCGUCCUUGCCCCCUUCAUAAGCACCAAUGUCUCUGCCUCCCCCACAGGUGAGGUUUGUGCGACGGAUGCCUCUCUAAAAAAGGGGGCUGUUGUAGCGACACGAGUUCCUGAGGACGCUGCCCUAGACCUUUGGCUCUCCUCCGACUUCAAGGGCAGCCCGGUUCGUUUAGACGGCAGGCCGGUUGGCAGCAAGGACCCCAGCCCCAACGAGGCUUCUAAAGCUGUGGAGGACCUAGGGUGCCUUGAGGAGGAGGUUUGUGGUCCUAUCGGCACCGCUCCGAAGCCGCUUGCUUGUGCGUACGACUGUUUGGUCGUUGGCCCUGGCUCGCAAGCUAUCGUUGACGAAGCGAAAAGGUGGGGCCUCACGCCUAGCCCCGCGAUUGAUUUUCACAGGUCCUCCGAGUACGACCUUGCCUCGCCACACCUCAGAGAGUGGCUGGUGCACCUUGUCAGCUCGCGUGUUGUCAAGUCUGCCAUCCUGUGGCCCGCCUGUGCCUCUUUCUCCCCUUGCUUCGGCGGCUCCAUCGGAUUCUCUCGGCGACGCAGUCCUUCAGAUCCUCGCCCGCGAGACCAACGAGGCGCUGCCACCUGCCUUGCUGUUAUGCUAGCCGCUGCCCGCGCCGGUGUGCCCGCCGUUUUGCUGCAGCCCGCGACCUCUGGCAUGAGCAAGCUUGCGGCCUGGGGCUCACUCGCCGGCAGAGCAGGCUGCUACGACUAUGAGCUGCGUGUCGGCCCUGGUCUUCGCCUGAGGCUUCUUUCUUGUCACAUGCCAGUCCUGCACAUCCGUAGUCCCCCUGCGGGCGUCAACAGUGAAGACGUGAGGUGGCUACCGCAUGUCAACGAGGCCCUGUGCAGCUCCUUCCUUUCUCUCUUUGCCUCAGGUCAAGGCCAACCUGCGACCUGUGAGGCUGGCAGACAGGGCCUCCACAACGUCGCCGUGAAUGACCUUCUCAUUGCGGCUCCCUGGGUCCCAAAGGCCGUCUGGACUUUUUCAAGGCCAAUGCAUAUUAAGAUUUUCGUCCUGUAG